UGAGAGCGGUAACUACCUGGUCGAUUGUUUACAUUUGCAGGGAACGCUUAACCGCCGCGAUCCAAAAUGGAUUCUAGCAAAGAGAGCUCAAAAUUUCUCGAUUUUAAGGAGUCAGAAAACAUAGACGGAUCAACCAAAGAGCUAACACCGGCACAAAACAGAAUAAGAUGGAGGAAUUUAGCGGUGGUGAUGAUAAUUCUCAACGUUUUAUUGUUGAUUAUUGUGUUAACUGUGGUGAUUGUGUGGCAAAAUGAUAGAAAGGAAAAACAAGUUGUCCCUCACCCGGAGACCAUGUGUCUCCCUUGCAAGGACCUUUCUCUCCAUAAAGAUGAUGACAUAUGGAAUUUCGUAGAAUUUACUGUAACGACCGAUGACAAAGGCCAGGACAUCUGUUGUGCAGAUACACAAGAGGAACUGCAAAAUCUUGUGAAACUGUUUGUUACUAGGAAAUAUAGAGAAGACCGAGCCCGAAGUCCUGACUAUCAGAUAAAUUGUGCGCAGAAUUCACAGUAUGCAGAUAAGAAAAAACAUUAUGCUGCACGAGUCGUUAAUGUGCAAAGGGAAGAAACUUUGAAAAAUAAGGGAAACAUUGUAUGGGAUUACAACGAUGCACAUUCUUUCAUCAACAACGGUCUAACUUACCAUCCAAAUAAUGGCACAUUUAAUGUCUCCCAAAAAGGGUUUUACUACAUAUACAGUCAAGUUACAUUCCAAAUGAAUAAAACAAUGGACCUCGAGGAUGCCAGAUCCAUGUACAUGUCGCUGUCCCAUUUUAUCUACCACCAACGUGCAACAAUGAAAAAAUACCCCCCAGAAAAAUUACUGGAAAGUUCCCAGUCUAAAUGUGAGCUCCAAUCUGACCUUAAGACCAGUAAUAGCACCAGUUACAUAGGGGCUGUGUUUUAUUUGGAACAGGGGACAGAAAUUAUGGUGCGAGUGACUGACCCAGAGCGAUUAACAGAUAACUGUUACAGUAAUUAUUUUGGACUGCACAUGAUUUAACAUUCUAGAGUCAUGGGAAAUGAUGUUUAAUUUUGAUGACAACAAGCAUCAAUGAUUAAUGUAAUUGUUGAUGUAUGAAAUAGUUCCUGAUGAUGAUAAGUUCUUUUAUAUUCUAGAAGAAAUACACGAGAACAUGUCAUCAUUUUGCACUUAUAUUUUUCAUCACUAACAUUUUAUUAAAACUGUGGUGUGAAUCAGGCAGCCUUUUCAUUAGCAUUAUCCACUUUUUCAUUUCUUUUUGUGCCAAACACUGUUAUAGUGCAAAUUACACUUCAACACUUAAAUGCUUUGCUUUGAAGAUUUUUUGGGGGGGAAAAGGUAAAAAAAAAAAAACUUUAAUGCGAACGCAAUUUCUCUUCACUCACCCAGCUACCAUUACAUGUCUUUGUUGGUUAUUUUAAUGAUUUUACAUGCAUUGAUUGCAGUGAGUGCAUCAUCAAAGUAAAUAAAUAAUUCAAUAUUUUUCUGAA